CCGGGGCUCCCCGCCAGCGGCCCGGGUGGGCCCAGUCGGCCAUGGCGGCGUGCUGCCCGUGCGCCGGUGGUGCCCGUGCCGCCCUCGUCGCGGCCACGGCGCUCGCGCUGCUGCUGUUGGUGCCCGUCCUCGCGCAGUACCCGGACCCGGAGGACGAGACGGGUCCCGAUGUCGUCGGUGCCCUGGCCUCGGAGCUCGUCAUCCUGGAGCGGCGGGUGCGCGCGCUGGAGCAGCCAGUCUGGAUGGUGUCGGGCGCCGAGGACCGUUGGCUGCAGUGCUGCGACGGCCCGUGUCGCUGCCGGCCCGAGAUGCGCUCCCUCAGCUGCUGGAGGCACGGCCUGAGACAGCUGCCGCAGCUGCAGCGGCUGCCCGAGGACGUGCGCAGUAUUGACCUCAGCGUGAACCGGCUGUCCACCCUGCACAAGGACGCUUUCCGGGGUCUCGUCCACUUGACUGAUCUGGACCUGUACGACAACGAGCUGGACUUCCUGCCGGAGUCGCUGUUCGAGUCGCUGGACAGUCUGCAGCACUUGUGAGUGGCCGCGGCUGGCGCCUGGCGCCGUGCAGCAGUGAGAG